AUGGAUGAAGUUAUUGUGAGGUGUGCAACCUCAAUCAUAAUCAAGACAGUCGUCACAAAUACUUUCCCAGUCGUCAUCUCUCGAUUCCAUAAGAAGCUCUCCAACAUCCGCUCAUACCUGAAGAAUCCUGUCCCCCAUGGUUCCGAGAAUCGUGUUUGGUGCGUGUUCUGCAAUUGCGAUAUUGAAGAACUCCCCAGCUUCUUUGCCUUUGGCACUGCAAUUCAUCAUCUGGCGAGUGCGAGUCAUCUGAAGAACACCAAGAGUUUUUUGUGGAAACAUGGUGGUAAGAUGGAUAAGGUGGAUUCAUUGAGGAUUUUGGAAGCAGACGUAGUAAAGGUAUUCCCUAUGAUAUUGUUUAUUGUUCUUGAUAUCCUUAUAUUUUCUUCAAUAUUUUAUAUCCAUGAUCUACAACUCUUUCAGUGCAUGUUAUCUUGUUAUGAUGUCCAUCUAGACGGAGAAGCGGUAAACAGAGAGAUUGUAAAUCAAGGCUUGAAUAACCUAACUAAAAUCUCCAUCCCUCUACAACAACAAGAUGGUCAAGGAAAUGUGCACUCAGGAGCACCACCUCCUUGGUUUGAUCAUCUGAAUGUUGGACUAAAAUCUGAAAGUCGGUCAAGUGGUUCUCUUUCGAAGCAAGGAGGGAAAAGUAAAUUGAACCCAAAUCGAGUGGGAGCUGCUUGGGCAGAGCAACGAAAAAUCGAGAUGGAAAUGGAGAAAAAGGGAGAGAUUGUUUUCAGAGAUGUGGAUCCAAACUGGCUUCCAAAUUUUGGAAGUGUUUGGCAAUCAGGCACCCGGAAGAAAUCUAGAAAAGAAUUUGAGUCUGAAAAGAAGAAAAAAUCAACUAAUUAUAAAGUUGGUGAUUCUGAAUCUGAAGCGUCGAUUAAGAUUCAGCCAUAUGUUGGUAAAAGAAUGAAAAAGGACAGAGACAAGUGAUGUUUUGUUCUCAAAAGGAGAUGUGGUUUCCUCUACAAGUAAGUGCAUUAGAUGUAAUUCAUUCUAGAAAUAUUACAUUUUCUUACAUUCAUCUCUAAUAUUAUAUCUAUUUGAAUGUUUUGAGAAGAUAAGUAUGUUUUUGUAAAU